GACAGAUUUCAAACAAAAGGGAAAUAAGCUCCUGAAAACAAAACAUUUGCUUUUUUUUCAUUCAUUAAUGACCUGCUAGAAGCACUAAUUUAAAAAAAGGAGGGAAGGCGUUAAUAGAGGUGAAAACGUUAUGGCUGACUAGUACCUGCUCACCUACUUUACACUUUGAAAAUCAAUACUGCUCGCAGUGAUAAAUGUGUCUGCGUCUCUUGCCUGGCUCCUGCAUUCUCAUGGAGGUAAAUGCAAUCGCUUCAGGCAAGGAUGUAGUGCAGGAAGAGCCAAGUGUUGACGGUGAAAUUAUUAUCUGCCCGAAAGACUGUGAUGAUUCUGUAUAUAGGAAGAGCAAAGCUAAACCACAACAAUGGCUUAUAGGGGCGAGCAACUGAGGUGCUGUGAGUAAAAGCAGCAGUCAUGAGAGUCAUUCAGACUGUACAGAGACUGCUUUCAUGUCCUCCUCCCACUCUGUCUCCAUUAUGCUCUCUGUUUAGCCCCACUCCAUUUCAAACACAAACAUUUUGUCUUUAUUUGUGAAGGGCAUCGCGAGGAAAAUGGCAACCCAUUAACAGUCACACAAUGUAAGACUGGAGGUGAUUUGCCCAGCUCUCUCCGCAUCUUUUCUCCUUCGCCAUUUCCUCUUCUCGUGCUCGUUUGUCGUCUUCCAACAACGUCUCUGCUAUGUUUUCUUCGUCUCACUUUUUCCUCCCUCAGUGGGUGGGCACUCCAUUUUUAAUCACCAUGGGAGACUGUGAGCGUACGAGGAAGAAAAAAAGAAAGGAGGAGGGUGGAGAGAAAACUGGAGAUCUGUGCUAUGAAGUGCCAGAGAAGGAGAGUUUGAACGGUUCCCGCCUGCAGACACAUAACUCCGGACACAUUAAGCAGCCACAAGAGGACACGGGAAAGCUGUGCACCUUCCCCGCAAAAACUGUACGCCUUUUUCUACCACUGAUUUUCUUCAUUGUUUAUCUCAAUCGUAACCCACUGUAACAUGAAGUGGGAUCUGCAAAGAGAGUCUCGGCUGAAGACGGCAACAGAGCAGGAUUUUAAUCCGUGCCCAUGAAAGAGGAAGUCAGUAUGUGAUCUUUGGUUGUUAAGCGUUAUCUAUUACCAGCGGGCACAAAGGGUUUAUUGCGAGAUUAGGUGACACAGUAAGCUGCAGAUUAUGAAGGAAGUCCAGUCCACAUCUACAAGGCCAAACUGUAAUCUAAGUAUAAAGUUAUAGAACGGCCCUGUGUGUGUGUCUGCGUGUGUGUGUGUGUGUGUGUGUGUUAAACUGGGCUACAUCUGUGGACACAAACAGAGACGCAGAACCGGCCAUAUGUCCGAUGUCCCCAAGGGCUCAGUCGCAGCUAGAUACAAUCAAUAACAUUUACUGGUCACUAAAUGUGGGGUUGCUUAUAGAACGGUUGGAAGGUUAUAUCCACCUCAUCUCUUUCAAAGGACAGAUUAAAGGAAACCACCUGAGCGCGACUAAUGCAUGCGAUAGCUCUUCUUGCUGCUACUGCUGCACCCAUGACAGUAAGAUCUAGGUUAUUCAGAGACCUAGUAUAAAACCUCAUUCAGUCUCAGUGCCGCCCUCGCUGAUGACUUGAGUCGAUCUGCAAAUCCCACUAUGAAUGCACGCGCUCGGAUUCUAUUACCCCGACCCGUUGGGCCUCAUCAAUUCUUCACCACACAAAAAAAGACCACGGUCACACACUCAAGGUCAAGCACCGGCUAUUCUUUUCUGCUUAGAGAGACCGACCGGACGUGGUGUAAACAUUUGCCACAGAUGAGACAGGCAGGACAUAGAAGCGAGCCCAGAUGGCCUGGUCUGAGGAAUUGCAAAUUACCUGUGGGAUUUGAAAUAGCCUCUCGAGAUUCAAGCUUUGAUUCAUCAACGAACAUUUAGGUCUAACGCACACACACUCCUGGCAGCCUGUCCGGCUCAUGGACUAACAUUGGACCGUGUUUCACCCUCUCUCCUCCCAGUCUCUUCCAUCGAAGAACAGCCAGAGUAACUAAAGAUCAUUGGCUAAGCUACAGUAAGGCUCUGCUAAUAGCAUUAGGUCUGCUUAUUUGUGGUAGGCUAACUUCAUGCCAGGCCUUCUCGAGAUGAUGGACUGCAGCAGUCCUACUGUACGUAAUACAUCACCAAUUAAAGGUUAAUGCUAAACUGUCCGCUGAAGACCAAACAUGUCUGCGGCGCCUGCUGCAGGACAAAUGUUAUGAUGAACGAGUCCAUGCUAACACACACAACAAACUACAUUUCCCUGGUGAUUGUGCUCACAAACACACACUAGCACAGCAAGCAGGUAUUCUGUACACGCUGCACAUAAUCAGAAUAAACCUCCACACAUGCAUAUAAAUGGUGGAUCACUAACAGGCCUUGGGGGGGUUAUGGAAAUGGCUAACCAGAUUUUCUGCUUCUCUGGGCUGACCUUGGACUGGCUGAAGUCUCAGGGGUGAUGCCUGCGUUAAACUACCCUCGUCCCCCCUCUGAUGGCUCCAGCCUACUGAGGCCUUUCACACAGAGACAAGGAAGGGAUGUCCUCUAGUUCUGUUGAAUCAGCUUCAUAUGUGCAUGUCGCUCGGAUCAGGAGGAACGCAUGUGCUUCUUUGGUGUUUAGAGGGGAAGCACAGACAACAAGGAUUGCUACUGUUUUUGAUCGCAGCUUUGGUAUUCUGCCUGUGAAGCAUUUGAGCCUCGUUGGUCUUUGCACAGACCUGGAAGUGAAAGUAGUCGGUGUCACAACGGACAAGAAUGCACAGGAAACAGGCAGUUCACUUUUUUUGCGCUCUAUAAAGGUGUGAAUGGGUCUAAAGGAACUAUAAGAUCAGCUGGAUCAGAUUAUUCAGCGCUGCAGUAGGUCAAACAAUACUCCUCACUUUCACUUUCUAAUGAGGCCACGGCGAUGCUGACAUCCCCUCUGAAUCCAAAGACAUCAUCAUGCUGAAGACGGAGGCUUCGGGGGAGAGGACCAGCCUCCGGAGUGCCUCCCCCCACCGUAAUGCCUACCGGGCUGAGUUUCAAGCCCUCAAGAAGGCCUUUGACCAGCCUCGGAUCGAUGGAGACUCUAAACCCAAAGACCUCGAACGGGUGAAACAACCGAGGGGCCGCCAAUAUGGCAGCCAUGUCAGCCGCAUUAAGGACAUGUUCAUGCAGAUGGGCUCAGAAAAUUCCACAGCUAAGGCCAAGGGUUGUGAUGACUCCUCACCUCAAAAGCUGGUCAAGCCCACCAACUUCAUCAACAAGGCUGAUGGAUCAGUGAUAAAACUUCAGCAUUCCUCAUCAACUGACAGGGUUGGAGGUGCUGGAGCAAAGUUCUCUGAAACCAGGAAACUGUUUGAGCAACAGUCACGUGACCAGUCCCAAUCACCAGUUUUUCCAUACGGACGUGAUAAAAGAGGUUCCCAUGAGCACCUUGAUGACUGGCGAGGUGCAAGGUCUAAUCGAGGCAGCACAGACUCCUUGGACUCGCUUUGCUCCAGAACAGAGGCGUCCUCGCCAACUGUUAGUCAACUCAGUGCUGUUUUUGAAAAUGCAGACCACCAUAACCAAGGUGCACCCUACAGAGGAGUCAGCAGAAGGGUCCUCUACUCACCAGAUGGAUUCCAACGUCAUGGUGGUGACAUCAGUGAGGAUGAUUCACGACAAUCUCCAGUUCAUGGAAGCUAUCGAAACAAGAUAGGGGGAAAGGUUCCCACAUCCUCGUCUUCUGAGGACCUUCUGAGCCCCAGUCCUGGGACAGAGACUUCAGAGUUGAAAUCAGCCACCCAAGAGGAAGAAGUCAAAGUCAAAGUAGACAAGGUUGAGACAACGGGCGGAGAUCGCCCUCGUCUCUCUGAGGUCACCACCACUGGAAGCCAGGUCAAUGGUUCCUGUGAAGAAGAGGAGAAACCUUCAGAAACAAGAAAACAUAUUGAGGAUCUAGGGGUGUCCAAAGCCUCAAAACCUACAGAUGACAAAACUUUGGAAGAUGUAACCCCUGAGCCAUUGCUGAUCCCAACUACACCAGCUGGGGAAAGCCAAGAGGAUGGGGAUGGUUCAAGAGAAGACAAGUCCUCUGAAUCUCCCAAGGACCAGGUGGUAGAACAUGAUGAGGAUUACACUGGGAAUGAGCGGGUGAUUUUUAACGCAGAUGGUGAUGCCUGUUACCAGGGUUGGGGGGAAAGCUGCACAGAUCCUGAGGAUGACCUCUACGGAGACGAUGAAGAUAUUGUCUACGACCCAGGCUCUGACCUGACAGAGAUUCCUGGUCUGGCAGAAGAAAACAAAGAGGACAUCCCUCCAAAGAGGAAGAUUCGCUUCAGCACUUCUCCCAUUACAGUGUUCAACACCUACUCCAACGAGGACUACGACCGCCGUAAUGAAGAGGUGGAUCCUGUGGCCUCCUCCGCAGAGUACGAGCUGGAGAAGAGGGUGGAGAAACUGGAACUGUUCCCGGUGGAGCUGGAGAAAGAUGACGACGGCCUGGGGAUCAGUAUCAUUGGGAUGGGUGUUGGCGCAGACGCAGGCCUGGAGAAACUAGGCAUCUUUGUCAAGACCGUAAUCGAGGGCGGAGCUGCCGAGAGAGACGGCAGGAUCAAGGUGAAUGACCAGAUCGUGGAGGUGGACGGGACCAGUCUGGUUGGUGUCACCCAGAGCUUUGCUGCCUCUGUGCUCAGGAACACAUCAGGAGUUGUCAGGUUUGUGAUUGGCCGAGAGCGUCCGGGCCAGCAGAGUGAGGUGGCCACGCUCAUCCAACAAACCCUGGAGCAAGAGAGGAGACAGAGAGAGCUGCUGGAGCAGCAGUACGCCCAGUAUGACGCUGAUGAUGAUGAGCAGACAGGAGAGUACGCCACAGACGAGGAGGAGGCGGAGACAACAGUGGCAGGCGGAGAGAAGAGCAUCGAGGUGUUUGACUUGCCGGAGACGGAGGACAUCUUGUCUCCCUCAGAGUUAGACGCCAAUAAACUCUACCAGAAGUUCAGAGAGCUCCAGAUCAAACACACCGUGACUGAGGCCGAGAUCCAGAAGCUCAAAAACAAGUUGGCGUCGGUGGAGAGGGAGAAGCAGCGCUGGGAGAAGGAGAAGAGUCAGUUGAAGGCCAGCAUCGAGGAGAACAAGGAGAGGAUGCUGAAGCUGGAGAGCUACUGGAUCGAAGCGCAGACCCUCUGCCACACAGUCAACGAGCACCUGAAGGAGGCCCAGGCACAGUACCAAACUCUGGAGAAGAAGUACAACAAAGCCAAGAAACUCAUCAAAGACUUCCAGCAGAAAGAGGUGGAGUUCAUCCAGAAGGAGGAUGCGGAGAGGAGGCGGCUGGAGGAGGCUGAAAAAACUCACCUGGCUGAGAUCCAGGGACUGCAAGUCAGGAUUGCAACAUUGGAGUCCGAGCUAAUGCAGCUGAUGAAGCAGAACGGCAUCCAGGUCAACAACAACAACAGCAACAGUGCCGAGAGGCUGAGCGCUCAGCAGCACAGCCCUAAAAGGGCUGCAGCUCAAGCCAGAGACUUUAGGGAGGGCUCUCCCCAUUCACCCAGCAAAAAGAAGAGCUACAGAGAAGUCGCCCGAGACAGCAUCAGCUCCACCGAGGGAGAGGUCUCAGAGGGACACGGCAGUCCAGCACACAGUCGUUCUGGUUCAAUUCGUAGCGUGGCCUCCUGUGAUGCAGGAGCCGCGGCGCUCAGGACCCCUGGCAGUGCAGAAAGCUCUCCCAGACGAACACCGCACCCCCCGUCCACCACAGGAGCCCUCCAGGACGGUCUUGAGGAACACAGACAAGCUCUGGACCCUGGGUCCUCCCUCAGGAAAACCAAAGACCCCAGAGCCUCACCUGGAAACAGCUCCACAGAGCCGUCAGCAGAGGACAGUCCAGAGAAACUCAAAGCCAAGGGACCCGCUUUGAACGAUGAUCUGAGUGCCAGCAGCAGCAGCUCAGUGGAGAUCAGCGGGCUGCUGAGUGAAGCCAAGAUGUCGGGACGCUCGCAGACCCUGGUGCUCUCCUCUGAUGAGAGUCUGGAUAUGAUAGAUGAUGAGAUCCUAGAUGAGGGACAGUUUUCAAAGCCAUAUCAGUGGCAGAACCGCAGCAUCACAGAGUGGACCCCCCAGCAAGUGGCCCGCUGGCUUAUGGGCCUCAACUUAGAACACCAUAUCCCAGAAUUCACUGCCCAAAACAUAGAUGGAGAACAGCUGCUACAGCUCGAGAGCCCUGAGCUCAAAGCUCUUGGAGUUACUUCUUCACAGGAGCGCGCUCUGAUCAAGAAAAAGAUCAAAGACCUUAAAGUCCUGAUGGAGAAAGCCAAGAGGAACCGAGAGAAAGUAGAGAAACAGCGUGAGAAGCUACGGAAGAGAGAGUUGGAGCAGCAGCAGAAAGAGGCGCGCAAAGAAAGCGCGGCAGAGUGAAGAGAAUUGUUAGAUCACCUCCCGCUUUACUGUAGCACCACACCAAGUAGCAUCUUGAGGAACAGAUCGUCAGUAGUCCCUACAAACGAACCCUGGGGGACGCCUACUCAGUGGUUCAGUAGUUCUCAGUGGUGGAGCUAUACACCCAACUGUCUUGGAGAUUGUUGAGUGACUUUUUCACCAAGCAAAUUAAACCAAAACGAGCAGUUGGAUAACAGGAUGCUGCCCAGUUCAUUUGCCUCCUUUUAACACCCACCCUGUGUUUUUAGCCAUUUAAGAAUUUGCUCAAGUCUAUUUAUUUUGCUGUUUAUUGCUGUAAAUCUGGUUUAUUUAUUCAUAUCCAGAGUAAGUCUGUGAAAAGUGCACCUCAUCCCAUAUCAUCUCCAGAGCCGUCUGUGUUAUCCAUCACAGCACCUUUUUCGAAAUGACGACCAUGUACAUGUACAGUGAUGAAUACAAAUAUGUCUGACGUGCCAUUUUGAUAGACUUGUGUAUAAUCUGUUCAGAUACAUAGAUCAGUGAAAUCGUUCUAUUGCUUUUUGACGGAGCACGUACAGGUCAGGCCUGUGUGGUGGAAUAUAUGAGGCAGUAUUCAUCUCCCACCACCGGGUGUCCUCAUGCUGCUUACUUUGACUACUGAAGAAGGCAACACUGGAAAUGAAGUGGGAGAAACAAACUUUCUCAGUAUCUGCAAGAACACUGGAAGUGCAAACACUGUAAAUUGAACCUCUGUACUGGCUUGUCUAAUGCUCCUUAGAGUAUACAUGUACCAUAGUAAAUCAUUCUGAAUGACGACAAGGACAUACUGUACUCACUGGACUGGUUCGAAUGGAGACUUCAGGUACGAUAUAAUCACAAAAUUUGUAACUUACCAAACCUGUACCACAAAAACAAAAAAGAAAGUUCCCCGCUUAUAUGCAUAAUGUUGCUUUGACUCCGCUUGUAACCUGCUUUGACCUCUUUUUAUAUUCUCUCUCAAUAACAAAGUAAUACCCCGCCGCUGCCUUUAGAAAUUCUAGAGUAGUAGAAUUUUUCUGAACAAUACCCGCUUCUGUGUGAGUGUGGAAACACAUACAGUAGACUAAACACAUUUCUAAUCGUUUUCUUUUUUGUUCCAUAAAGACUACAAGUCAAGGUUCACCAUGCAAAUGACUUUAGGAAUGCUGCCAUAUAAAAGGACAGAUGCAGUGAGAAGUCCAGAAAUUGUCUUAAAGAUUAUCGUUACACUGGAAAUUGCGAUAAAUGCAAUGUAAUUUUAAUUUUCUUACGAAACUGGUUCAGUAAGACUUAAAAACAUUUUUGAUUUACUUGUUAGAUUUAAAACAAAUAUAUACCUUUAAAAAUUAUUUUGACAUAUGUAUUUUAUGCAAUCCUUCAGGAUUAUAAAGCUCACCAAGAGACAUGUUCCCUGUGUUACUUCUUUAUCAUUCCCGAGAAUCAUUCCGUAGGUUUACAUUAAAUAUAGAGACGCCAGUGUCACCGUGAUAGAAAUGAAGGCAGCUUUGGUUAUGAUUCCCUUUCGUCUUAAGGGCCGGCCCUGCCUGGUGCACUGUUAAGAACCAGGAGAAUAAUAGGACUUACAGAUACCUCCAAGCAAUGCCACAGUAAUACAGGUAUCACUGAUCUGUUAAAUGUUAUUAUUUAUUUAUUUCUGUAUUUAAUGAAGCAACUGACUACUGUUUAUGAUAACUUAUACAAAAUAAGAGUAUUAUUAACACCUAAUAAUGAUUUAUCCAGAAUUGUAUGAUUUCUUCCUAUUGCCAAAACAUAAUUAAAACUGUUCAUUAAAAGUGAUUUAGAUUGAAAUGGUUGUUAAAUGAAGGAUUUGAAGAAAACGCAGUAAUACUCUCCAUUGUGCUUGUGGUUUUCCUCUACUACAACCAUAGUGCUGCUCCAGUGCUACUCCAAUAAACUGCUCAUGAUGUGUUCUUAUGAAAUAUUUUGUAACACUUGAACCUUUCUGUGAAUACCCCCACCUGCCUCCCCCUGUCAAGUCAGUCAGCCGACUGCACUCUUUUGACUCUUUUGUAUGUAUAGUAAAACACUGAGAGCAAUACGCUGUUAAGAAUCCUAAAGAAGCCUUGUUUUCUAUUGUGUCAGUGUGUGUGCACAGUUUGUCUGAGGGCUGAGGAGGCUAAAAAGGUCAGACCUGAGGUCAGAUCUUUUUUUUUUUUCUAUGUGCUUGACUGAGCUUGCCUGGCAUGAUGAAACCAACGUAUGGAUGAUGAGACCCUGGUGCUCCUGGCAGGCCAAAAACACAAAUGUUUAAGUCAUGUCUGGAAGGGUUUGUCUUUCGUGUACAUAAAGAGCAAAAGAUAAUCACCACAAACUGCUAGCCAUGCUUUCACUCUUUUAAAAAGCUGUGCUUAUUCUCCUCCUCCUCCUCCCCCUUUUUGUCAUUACCUUGCUCUCUUUUUUCGCAUUCUGAAAAGUUUGAAAGGGCAGCUACCUGUCACACUGAAUAAAAUGUGCAGUC